UUAAUUUAAAACCUAUCACUCCUCCUUUCUCCAGCUCCCUCUCAGCUGCUUGGCAUGGCAGCUGCUGCUGUCAGUCAGCCUUACUGCUUUAGAUGGUGCUUUAGGCAUGCCCAGCGAGAGCUAAAAAUGUGUUGGUGGACUUGAGGUUCGUGGGGGGAUUGUUGCACAAGAAGUUGGGAAAACUCGUGUAACUUAAAACCACAGAAGGUGACCGUUCACAGCUUGCCAGAGAUCAGGAUCUACGAUGACCUAAAUUUAUAGGACUUCAUUCUGGACCACAAACCAAGAACCGCAGUGUGCUGAUUUAGAUCUCCCGACUUGGGUGUCCUUGCCUUUGUGCUUGGACUCCUUCAGACAUGGAGGCUCAGCCGUCUAAGGGAAUGGACGACUCCAAGACCGAAGAUAAAGGCGCUGCUGUGGAUGCAGAGCUAGCCAAGGCCAUAAUGGCUCGGCGUUUCUCCCCGUCUCUCAUCGGCACGGAGACCUGGGAGGGAUACAUCUUUUCUGAUAUGGAGAUCCGCAUCAAAGAGUCCACAGACCUCUAUGGAGCUGUGCUCUGGCCUUCAGCAAUUGUGCUGUGUCAUUUCUUAGAGACCAACCGAGACAAAUACAACCUGAUUGACAAAAAUGUUAUCGAACUGGGAGCUGGAACUGGACUCGUCACCAUUGUGUCCAGCCUGUUAGGUGCUAAGGUGACCUCCACUGACCUCCCAGAUGUGUUGGGGAACCUCCAGUACAAUGUAUUGCGCAACACCAAGGACCGAUGCAAGUACAUCCCUCUGGUCACUGAGCUUAUCUGGGGUCAGGAGGUGCAUCAGCGUUUCCCUCGGGCCACACAUUGUUUCGACUACAUACUGGCAGCUGACGUGGUGUACGCUCACCCUUACCUGAAAGAGCUGAUGGACACCUUUGACCACCUGUGCCAGGAAAACACUCAGAUCCUUUGGGCCAUGCGUUUCCGCUUGGACCCAGAAAACAGCUUUGUGGAUCGCUUCCGGCAGCAUUUCCACGUGGAGGAGCUGUAUGACCUCCCUAGUCUGAGUAUCAAAUUGUACCGGGCCUGGAGGAAGGACAAGUGGACAAAAGACCAAAUAGAGGCUGCUGCCUGAACUGCUGAACACACUGAGAAUUCUGCAUAUUUGUUGUGUGUUUGUGUGUCAGUGACUUGACAAUCAGGCCAAAUAUGUAAAAUAGUCAAGAAUCACCACUGGAGGGUCAUGUUCUGUGUUUUUUCUUCCUAAUUGGAUGUCAUCCAUCAACAACAUGCUCACUUGAGCUCUUGGCUCACUUUGUUGUUUUUGGUUGAGUGCGCUCACAACACUAUAAUGUGGUCAAAUGUGGCUCUGGAUUUUUCCACUGGAUUUCUGAUGACAGAGUAGAUUUUAAAUAAGUCUGUUGCUGUGUGACUUCACAUGUUCAACACGUUCAGGUUUUAUUACAGCCAGAAGUGCCAGUUUCAGCACUGAGACUGAAGAAACAUUUGUGUCAGUAUCGCAGUCAGUUUUGAAAGGCUUGCCUAUAAAGUUACAAUCAGGCUGGUUCUCUUACGAUAAAUCCUCAGGGGACGAUGACAACAGAAGUGCGACCCUCAUGCCAGACUUUACAGUUUAUGGUAAUUGUUUAAAAACUGCCACAUUUUGCAAUUUUUCAUACAUCUAAAGAUUUUCAUUUUCUGAUUUCUUUAAGCUGCCAUAAUUGAUAUUCAUAUAAUGUAUCAAAUAACAAUGUGAAAGCAGUGUCACUGUCAUUGUCAUGAACCUUCAGCUCCAGAGAAUUAUCACUUGAGUCACUGUUACGAAUCUUUGUGUUGAGUUUCAGCCGAUCAUUCAGUUUCAGCAACUUUGCCAUUCUGGUUCACUCUGACUGUUCUCAUGAUGUCAUUUUCAACCUAAAAUCUCUAAAAAUCCUCUGUGGACUACUUGUCCAUCAGUUGACAGCAGGAAACCACAGUUAGCUGGUGAACAUAGUGGAGUAUGUAGCUGAUAAAAAAGCCAAAUAUGGAGCAAAAAAGAAGGUAAAUAUUGUGUUUACAUGACUAAUGUGAAUGAUGUUGUUGCUCAGCAGCUGCUGGAUGUAUAUAGCAUCUGUUUAUGAGUUGUCAACUUAAAUAGUGAUGUUAAGUCAAUGUAGUUCACCCACUGUCCCUAAGUGCCCAAAACAAGCAGUUACUGCAGGUUUAACAUUAAAGCUUAACAAGAUGACUGCUUGAAAAUAGACUAGGCUAUUAAAUUAUGUUUUUUAAAUUUUAUUUUAUUAAAGCAUUUAAUAGCUGAGACAGCAACACAAUAUAAAAGCACAAAAAGGUGUGCUUUAACUAAACCGUAAGUCAAUGUUUAUUAUGCUUACAAGUUGUGGCAUGCAUGAUGAGCCCAAACAUUAUAGCAAGAUAGUCUAAACCAAAUUUACCAGUGCAUAAAGAUAAUAAUCAAACUGCAUAUUUAAAACUUUAACCACAACAAAUUCUUUAAACACAUACCUUCUUUGUAACAUAUAACUUAUUGUUGUUGCUAUUUUUAUUUACACUUAGAUAAAACUUCCUUAAGGAACAUUUCACCAGCAAAACAUUCUAAGGAGGUCACAUCCAUAUUCAGUAACACGAACACUGGUGUCCCACACAAAGGUCUCAUGUUUUGGAAGCUCACCAGUUAUUUUGAUUAUCUUGGAAGGAGUAAGUUAGAGUUACUUGCUAUUAAUGUGACCUAUUAAAUCUGAUAUCUAAUUUAUGA